UUCUAGCAAAACACAAAGGGAGUUUGCUUUUCUUUUCUUUUUUUUUUUUUUGCCAAAGUACAUACUAGAUAAUGGCACAUAUUCUCUAAAUCUGGCUUCAACCAUCAAAACUCAAUAAAAGAAUGAUCAGACAUGCUUCUUUUUUAAUUUUAGGGGGAGGGCAAUGCUGGGGAUCUAACCCAGGACCUCAAACAUGUUAGGCAAAUGGUCUAAGCCACCACACUCCCCCACACGUACCCCGCCAUACCCCAAGCAUGUUCAUAUGAACAAGCACAAAACACUUCCAAAUACCAAAAAACCCAUGCAGUCCCUCCUGGGGCUUAAAAACAAACCUAUGUAAAUCCAUCAAUCCCAUCCUUUUUCCUUAUGUGUAUUCACUAUGUGUAUUGUCAGAUAUGCAAGCUCCUUCAGAAACUAAUCUAGCAUUCAUUAUGUGUAUUGUCAGAUAUGCAAGCUCCUUUAGAGCAGGAACUACCAAAGGAGACAAAUCAUAAUAAAGCCUCCAGGUGACCUUGGAUGUGUGCAGAUAUUUAGUGACACACGCCACACCUUGGCUACAGAAACUGCAGGAUUGGCCAGAGAGCACAUGACCCACAUGGACUUCUCCUUACUAUUUCUUCCUUUCCCCCACUCUGCUUCCUUUAACCCAAAAGGAACUGGAGACCUGUAAGUUCUUUGAGGGCAACUCUUCCAGAGAAGCCAGAAUCUGUGUAGGAGGUUCAAGGAAGCAAGCCAUCUGGUCACAGCAAGACCAGGCCACAACCACCUUCCCUUGCUGGCCCCCUGAACCCUUUGUCCCAGGCCCAGCUCUGACAUUUUACUUUCCCUUUUCCUCUGUAAGAGGGGGCGAGGAGGACUAUAUUAUAAUCAUGUGAUAAAAGCAGUAAGGGUUGAGUUUUAGAAGUUUUUUUAAAGGCAAAUGAAUAAUAAAGGCCGGCUGGAGGUGACUAGGAAUCUGGGCAGACGGAGGGAAUGAGAGUGAGAGAAGGCAAUUCAGUUUGGAACUAUCUGACCAGGUUUCCUCUCUGCAAGUCACUGAAUUUAGAUAUAUUUGGAAGGGUAGCAGUAUGUCAAAAAUGGCUAAAAGCACAGGUUUGAAAAUCAGAUAUGGAUCUCAUUCUAGUGCGUGUCCUUGGGCAAGUUAUUAGCCUCCCUAAGCCCCACUUUUACUAAGGUAAGAUGAAGCAGACAGCUUACUGCCUGAGAAUUGAGAUAAGCAAAGAGAAUCUACACAGGGCUUAGCACAUUUAUCACCCCUUUAGGAAGUACUCCUUACUAUUUAUUCCCAGAGCUCUUAAAAGAAGCAGCAGGUAGGAAGCAGGACUUGGGGGCCGGGCCCAUCAUGUGAACUUGAACGAGUCAUCUCCCCUACCAUGGUGAAGUAGUAUGGGACAUAACACAAGGACAUGGCAGGAUGGCUAAAGAGAUCAGGAACUGACAGAAAAGCUGAAUUGCUUCCUAAUGCAAGAAACAUCACCUCUUGCUCUGUGACCUUUUAGUCCUAGGAAGACAAGCAUCAUGUCUCUGAGCAGUGCCUUCAGGGCUGUGGGCAACGACCCUGGGAUCAUUACCUGGAGAAUUGAGAAAAUGGAGCUGGCACUGGUGCCCCUGAGUGCCCAUGGGAACUUCUAUGAGGGGGACUGCUACGUCAUCCUCUCGACCCGGAGAGUGGGCAGUCUCCUCUCCCAGAACAUCCACUUCUGGAUCGGGAAGGACUCCUCCCAGGAUGAGCAAAGUUGUGCAGCCAUCUACACCACGCAGCUGGACGACUACCUGGGAGGUGGCCCCGUGCAACACCGGGAAGUGCAAUACCAUGAGUCUGACACCUUCCGUGGCUACUUCAAGCAGGGCAUCAUCUAUAAAAAGGGGGGUGUGACCUCUGGGAUGAAGCAUGUGGAGACUAACACCUAUAAUGUCAAGCGGCUGCUACAUGUGAAGGGGAAGAGAAACAUCCGGGCCACUGAGGUGGAAAUGAGCUGGGACAGCUUUAACCGAGGUGAUGUCUUCUUGCUGGACCUUGGGAAGGUCAUCAUCCAAUGGAAUGGCCCAGAGAGCAAUAGUGGGGAGCGCCUAAAGGCUAUGCUUCUGGCAAAGGAUAUUCGGGACAGGGAGCGAGGGGGCCGAGCUGAAAUAGGAGUGAUCGAGGGGGACAAGGAGGCAGCCAGCCCGGAGCUGAUGAUGGUGCUUCAGGACACCCUUGGCCGACGCUCCAUUAUCAAGUCUGCAGUCCCUGAUGAGAUCAUAGAUCAGCAGCAGAAAUCAAAUAUCAUGCUGUAUCAUGUUUCAGACUCAGAUGGGCAGCUGGCGGUCACAGAGGUGGCAACAAGGCCUCUUGUCCAGGACUUACUGAAUCAUGAUGACUGCUACAUCCUGGACCAAAGUGGAGCCAAGAUCUAUGUGUGGAAAGGAAAAGGAGCCACAAAAGUUGAGAAACAGGCGGCCAUGUCUAAAGCCCUGGGCUUCAUCAAGAUGAAGGGCUACUCCAGCAGCACCAACGUGGAGACCGUCAAUGAUGGAGCCGAGUCAGCCAUGUUCAAACAGCUGUUCCAGAAGUGGUCAGUGAAGGACCAGACCAUGGGCCUGGGGAAAACAUUCAGCACUAAUAAAAUUGCUAAAGUUUUCCAAGAUAAAUUUGAUGUGACUCUGCUACACACCAAGCCAGAGGUAGCUGCCCAGGAAAGAAUGGUGGAUGAUGGCAACGGGAAAGUUGAGGUCUGGAGAAUUGAGAACCUGGAGCUGGUCCCUGUGGAACGUCAGUGGCAUGGCUUCUUCUAUGGGGGAGACUGCUAUCUGGUUCUCUACACAUACGAGGUGAAUGGGAAGCCACAUCACAUCUUGUACAUAUGGCAGGGCCGCCAUGCCUCACAGGAUGAGUUGGCAGCCUCAGCCUACCAGGCAGUGGAGGUGGAUCAGCAGUUUGGCGGGGCCCCUGUGCAGGUUCGGGUCAGCAUGGGGAAGGAGCCACGCCACUUCAUGGCCAUGUUCAAAGGAAAGCUGGUUAUCUAUGAGGGUGGGACUUCCAGGAAAGGAAAUGCUGAGCCUGACCCUCCAGUGAGACUCUUCCAAAUUCAAGGAAGUGACAAAUCAAACACCAAGGCAGUAGAGGUGCCAGCCUUUGCCUCCUCCCUAAACUCUAAUGACGUCUUUCUGCUGCGAACCCAGGCGGAGCACUAUCUGUGGUAUGGCAAGGGGUCUAGUGGGGAUGAGCGGGCCAUGGCUAAGGAGCUAGCCGGGCUUCUCUGUGAUGGCACCGAGGACACUGUGGCUGAGGGCCAGGAGUCAGCUGAAUUCUGGGACCUACUGGGAGGGAAAACACCCUAUGCCAAUGACAAAAGACUACAGCAGGAAACACUAGAUGUCCAGUCCCGUCUCUUUGAAUGUUCCAAUAAGACUGGCCGCUUCAUUGUCACUGAGAUCACAGACUUCACCCAGGAUGACCUGAACCCAGGUGAUGUGAUGCUCCUGGACACGUGGGACCAGGUGUUCUUAUGGAUUGGAGUUGAGGCCAAUGCUACAGAGAAGAAGAACGCACUUGCAACUGCCCAGGAAUACCUGCACACUCACCCUAGUGGCCGAGACACUGACACACCGAUUCUGAUCAUCAAACAGGGGUUUGAGCCUCCCAUCUUCACAGGCUGGUUCCUGGCCUGGGAUCCUCACAUCUGGAGUGCAGGAAAGUCAUAUGAACAGUUAAAGGAGGAGCUGGGAGAUGCUGCUGCUAUCAUGCAAAUCACUGCUGACAUGAAGAAUGCAAUUCUCUCCUUGAAUUCUGAUGAUAGGGAACCAAAAUAUUACCCUAUAGAAGUUCUAUUGAAGAAUCAGAAUCAGGAGCUGCCAGAGGAUGUGAACCCUGCCAAAAAGGAGAAUUACCUUUCUGAGAAGGACUUCAUGUCUGUAUUUGGCAUCACAAGAGGGCAGUUUGCUGCUCUGCCUGGCUGGAAACAGCUACAACUGAAGAAAGAAAAGGGACUCUUCUAAGACAAGAAGGCAUAUGCCUCUUGCAAGAGCACAGAAGAGAGCAGAUAGUGCCAAUAUCAGGAAAGAAUUUAUCUACCAAUUUCUGCCUGAUAUUCAGCUACUGAAUUAGAUACAAUCAAGUCUGAAAAUCAUAGCACAUUCUCCAUUUUUUCCUCAUUCUUGCAAUCCUUGGUUGUUAAAUACUUAAAAAUGUUAAAGUACCCACUUUUUGGUUUUUGUGGCCUUUCAGCAAAAAUUUUAGCAGAAAGCACUAAAAGCUGCAUGAAUAUAGAAAAGUCAAAAGAUAGAGAACCCAAAAACUAAGCUUACUAAUUUAGUAUGUUUCAGGACAUAUAUUUGCUUUAAAGUUUAAUAUUUCUAAAACCUAUGUAACCCAAAAUCCAAAUGCCCAGAUCUAUUAUGUGCCACAGCAUUUUUUAACUUCUCAAAUAAAGAUGGCUAGAUGAGCAAAUGAGAGUUCUUUUCAGUACCUGGUGCUUGGUGUUAUGGUAAUUGUACCUUAUGUUGGGAGCAAGGUUUCAGUACUGGGGAAGUAAAGAGGCAAUGCUGAGUGAGCUCUCUGGUCAACAGGACCACUGUAAUUCCUGUCUCUGGCACAAGACAAUCAGGAUCUGCCUUACAAGGCCUGGGGAUAUACCUUAAUGGUAGAGUGCUUGCCUAUCAUGCACCAGGCCCCUCAGUUCAAUCUCUAGUAUCUCAAAAAAAAGUAAGGGUCUUAUAGCUGUUCAUGAAACCUCAGUAUCUACCCCAAAAGACAAUUAAAGCCAUGUGUUAUUAUUAAUUUCAAUAAAUGAGACCAGAACCAGUACAUAUAGCACUGCAGAAUGCUUUCAAAGCACGCUACAGACUUCAACAAAUGAACUCACAUUUUCCAGACAAUUGUACUGUGAAUCAACAAUUCCAAAGGAAGUAAUGUAGCUGGAGAAGUUCCAGGGAAGAAGCAUAGUCCAAAGUGUCACAAAAUCAAAGCAGGACAAGAGACUUCCAUCAUGAAGGACCAUGUUAGUUAGAAAUUUCAGCAACACCACACUAAACUGAGCAGCACAAUGGUUGUUGUGGUCUGUUCACCAAGCCACAGCAAGACUCACCUGUUCUUUCUUAAAACCCAUCACAAGGAACAUACA